AUGAGCAACGCAAUGUUUCGAUGUUUCGUUGUCAACACGAAUUUCAGAGGCUUGUCGAUUCUGUCGAGGAGUUAUGGAGGGAAGAGGUCGUAUGAAGUCUUCAAGUACAGGAAGCUGGGGGGCCUGCAACCCAAGUCUGCUCGUCUUUCUUGCAACGCAGCGCAGGCCGAGCUGAUGUCAAUGCAGCAGCCCAACGGGUCGAAGAGCAGGAAGACUAUCUUUGGGUGGACGUGUGCUGGGAUCGUGGGGAUUGUUGCGAAACAUCUUCAUGAGAGGAGGCGAGAAGGAGCUAUAAUGGAACUGGAAAAUGAUGCACUCGGAGAAGCGAUCAAGCCGCUCAGUGUACCGCAGGAGUUCAUCCACCCCUUCAAGAAUCAGCCGCUGGCAUGGAGAAUAGUCUUCAUCGUUAAGCGCAUCUUCACCCUCGCCAUUACUUUCACUCCCCUUGCCAUCUGCACGAUCCUCGAGCCGAUUUUGAGUCGUUACCCGUCAUUCCGUGGGUGGUACCUCCAGCUGAUGGUGAAAAGUUUCGAACGUGCUGGAUGCUCUUUCCAGAAGAUCGGCCAAUGGCUGAGCAUGCGACCAGACUUGUUGAGCCCAGACGUGAUCGAAGCUCUGAGUGCUCUCCGUGACGAUGGUCCGAAACACUCGUUCGAGCACUCGAGGCAUGAGAUCGAGGCGGCUUUCGGAGCGAGGCUAGAAGAUGUCUUCGAAUACGUCGACCCUGUUCCCAUCGCAAGCGGGUCGAUAGCACAGGUUCACAAGGCAAAGCUGAGAAGCGAGUACAUGCAAUCCCAUGGGAUGGAGGACCUUGGGUUUCAGGAGGUUGCGAUCAAGGUUCGGCACCCUGAAGUGCUGGAGUCAACGUGGGUGGAUGCGGACAUCAUCUUCAACUUCUUCGGCAUCGCCGGCAAGGUGUUUGCCAACUACGACAUGGCCAUGCCCUUUGACAAGAAGGGUUUCUACUCGUCGAUGGUUCGGCAGCUGGACCUGAACUGGGAGGCUUACAACUUGCGGCAAUUCCAGGAGAACUUUCAGGGAGAGCACAGAAUCGUGUUUCCACUCGUUGCCCACUCCACUGAAUCCGUCCUAGUGGAAUCCUGGAUCAACGGACAGAGCGUUGCGAAGCUCUUCGAAGCCGUUGACGGCCAAGACUUCAGCGUCACGCCCAAAGGAGCUCACAGGACGGCAGGGGAGAUGAUGGAGGAAAAGAGGAAGAAGAAGCUUGCGCAAGACAUCUUCGACAUGACGAUCAAGAUGUACCUGCGGGACAAUUACAUCCACGGCGACCUCCAUGGGGGGAAUCUGAUGUACUCGACAGAUCCCCACGACGAUCGCAUCUACGUGCUGGAUGCAGGCCUGACGACGGCACUGGAGAAGGACUGGGCCUCUCCCUUCGGCUACCUGCUGCAUGCUCUGACCACAGGAGACGCCGACAAGGCGGCAGACAAGCUGCUCAUGUUCAACAAGUCGACGGCUCCGCUGGACGUGCACGCGUUCAAGAGCGAGCUGAAGGACGUGAUGAACCUGUACAUGCCGUCGUCAUCGAGACACCAUGUAGCCGGUCACGAGGAGCACAAGCAGGAGACCAAGGGCCCCAUCAACCUCGGGGCCAUGAUCGGCCACAUCCUCUCGACCCUCUACAAGCACAACAUCAACCUGCGCGGGGAUGUGGCCAUCACCAUCGUCACUAUGUCCAUCUCUGAAGGCCUGAUCCGUCAGCUGGACCCGGAGUUCGACGUGGUCAGAAGCGCCCUUCCCUACUUCGUGCGCUUCCGGUCCUGGCAGCGGCCGUCGCUGACGGGCAAGGACUGGUCCAAGGAGGUGGAGGGUGCAAACGGGGGCCUUCCCCUGACGGGUACCAGAGGCGUCGCCGUUACCUCCUCGCUGGCUCCUCGGAUGGGAGCUUGA